GCUUUCAAACUCUUCCGUAAGAACAAAGUGAGUCCGGAAAACGCGGAAGCUUCAGUUUUCAUGAACAGAUUCGGUCUUAAUAACAGCAAACACACAUCACGUGCUGAUGCUGAAGCACACGGUGAAACUGAAUCGAAUGGAAACCGAUUUGAGUAUUUACUUAAAAAACAUGUGGUCGAUACAAAGGAUGAAUUUUAUUACUAUUGGUUGGGUGUUGUCUCAUGUGCCUUUACAUAUAAUCUUAUCGUUGUAAUUGCUCGGAGUGUUUUUAAAGAUUUAGCUGCUGGUCUUCUGUGGAUUUUAUGGGCGAUUCUUGAUGUGGUUGCCGAUAGCAUAUAUCUCUUUGAUAUGUUCAUUCGAUCUCGAACUGAGUCAUUUGGGAUGAAUAUUGGUGUUGGGUCGGGUGAGCAAAAUUCUAGAAAGCAAGAGUUAAUGCUAGAGGGUACGGGCAUAAUGGGGAAGCCUGCGACUUUUGGGGUUCUCAAGAGUAGGGUCUGGGCCUCCAAAGUUGAUGUNGUGCGAGAUAUACCGCGAAUCAGGAAGCUGUACAUAACGUCAUUGCAGUUCAAAUUAGAUUUAUUCAGCGUAUUACCAUUGGAUUUGGCUAUUUCGGUUGCUUUGCUACGCCCAAUGCCUUAUCUUCGUUUCAAUCGAAUGAUUCGUUAUCCACGAUUGUCAGACUUCAUUGAGCGAACUGAAACAAGGAGUUCCAUGCCAAAUGCGUUCCGUGUAUUGUGUGUUGUUGUGAAUAUAAUCAUUAUUAUUCAUUGGAAUGCAUGUAUAUAUUUUUUCAUUAGUGAAUUAAUAGGACUUGGUUCUGACGGUUGGGUAUAUGGGGUGCUCAAUAAACAAAGUCUUCCAGAGUAA